AUGGGUGAUUCUUAUAGUCAGCCUGUUGCUGCACUUGUUGCUUCCAUGUCUGAACACCCUAGUUCAAUUAGCAAUGAGAUCGUUCCUUAUAUCAAUGAUGAUAUUCCUGUAAUUUCUCAUCCUAAAUCUGUUUAUGCUGAAUCUGAAUGUGAUGAAUCUGAUGGUGAUGAACUAGCUAAUGAAGUAGCUAUGUUGGCUGAAAGGAUCAGAAGGAGAUCCUUUAAUAAGUUUAAAGGAAAAGGAAAAAGUGGCCAAGCUGAUAAAACAAAUAAGCCAUUUGACAUGUCCAAAGUCACUUGUUACAAAUGUGGCAAAACUGGACACAUGGUUGGAGACUGCAGAUCCAAAGAGUCUUCUCAAGCUGUGCCUGCCAAAGGUGGUAGAAGUGAAAAAUACUCAAAGAUCAAGACUAAAUACAAAGCCUUGAAAGCACAAGUAGCUGAGAUGACUGAGAAGGUGAACAAAAGUGAGAAGAGUCUGGUAGCCACAGACAGGGCUAAAAGUGCCACUUCAUAUGAUGAUGAGCUGUACAAAGAUGCCAAGUGUUUCAUGGCUAAAGAAGCUACUCUAAAGCUAAAUAGACUUGGUGAUGAGGUCCUUUUACAAAAACACUUCAAUCAAGAACUCAAAAAGGAAAUACAUGUUUUGAAACUUGAUAUCAGUUCUAAAUUUCACACCAUUGAAAAACUUGAGUCUGAAGUUAAAGCACAAAAACAAUUAAACUCAAUUCUAGUUAAAGAAGCUAAGACUGCAGAAGAAAAGUUUUUAAAAGUUAAACAAAUUACUGAAUCAUGGUGUAUUUGUUCCAAAAGAACUGCUAAGUAUGUAAAUGACCAAAUACCUCAUCAGAUCCAAGCUAUUUUUUAUGGUGAUUAUGAUAGGACCAUAGCCAUUGCUGAAGUCUAUGCUAUGGAGCCUUGUUAUCAGCCUCCUUCAUCACCCAAAGUCCAAACCAAGGGAAAGAAUUAUAAACCAAUUAAGUUGGUUCAGAAAUAUGGUAUUGGGUUUAGUGAUCCUGAAACCAUGAGUCAGACCAUUACUGAAGCUAUGUCUAAAGCUGAUAAGGUUGUUGAGUUAAAACCUGAAGAAAGUCUUGACUUGUCCAAGCUGACCAUUACCCAAUCUAUGUCAGAUUCAGUGACAAAAUCUAACAAGGGUAACUCAAAGAAAAAUAAAAGAAAGGUUAGAGAACACAGUGUUCCAAAAGAGAAAACUAAGAUUUUAAAGAAUGAGGAGUCUAGUUCUCUAGGAAAUGAGUCACAAACAAAAUCUGAGUAUGUUUCAAAAGACACCAAAUCUGACUCUGACAAAAUGAUUUCCAAAUAUGUUGAGUCCAGAACUGGUGAGGUUUCAAACAACACCAAUUUUCUUGAAAAUGUGUCCGAUCCUGAAAUUGUUAAUCAAAGAAAAUUGAGAGCUGAGUGCAAGAAAUCUGAAAUAGGCAAAAGCUUUGUUCAAAAGGAAACUCUAAAUGUUGCUAAAAAGAACUUUAAAUCUGGUAAGGGACAAACCAAGAAACAAUGGAUUUUCAAAUAUGAUAAGAGUCUAAAUUCUGUUGUCCAACCUGAGGCAACCUGGCACUUGGACAGUGGGUGUUCCAAGCAUAUGACCGGAUGUAAGUCCCUGCUAAGUAGCUUUAGGAUUCACGCUGGUCCUAAUGUUACUUUUGGAGAUGAUUCUCAAGGAAAGACUGGAGGAUUUGGUAUACUUUCAAAUGGUCAUAGUGUGAGUCAAUUGUGUGAUGCUGGUUAUGAAGUGAGAUUCAGAUCUGAUAAGGGUAUUGUUCUUGAUUUGGAAGGAAAUGUGGUUCUUAUUGCAAAGAGGGAUGAAUCUUUAUAUUCUUUUGACAUGAGAAAUCCAACUGUGACUAGAGAUGUUUGCUUCAUGUCAAAGACUCAAGAUAAGCUGAACUGUGAAAAGGGAAUUUCACAAGUCUACUCAGUUGCCAGAACUCCUCAACAAAAUGGUGUUGCAGAAAGAUUAAACAGAACUCUUAUUGAAGCCGCCAGAUCUAUAAUGGCUCAAAACAAUGUUAAGUCUCAUUUCUGGACUGAAGCAGUGCAUACAGCUUGCUUUACCCAAAAUAGAUCCCUGAUUGUGAAAAGACACCAGAAGACUGCGUAUGAACUUCUUAGGGGGAGAAAACCAGAAAUUGGUUUCCUAAGAAUGUUUGGAAGUCCUUGCUACAUUCUAAAUCAGAAAGACCAUCUUGGAAAGUUUGAUGAAAAAGCAGAUGAAGGUAUCCUACUUGGAUAUGCAACAAUGAUGAAAGCCUACAUAGUUUACAACAAGAGAAUAAGAACAAUUGAAAACUCUGUAAAUGUAAGCAUAGAAGACGGUUGCUCUAAGCCUGAUAGUUCUCCUCUUGAAGAUGAAGACUUUGAUUUUGAAAAACUGGCUAUACCUGAGAAUGAGCCUCCAACAAAUCCUCCAGUUGGAGCUAAUGGUGCUCAAACUCAGGGGGAGCAACUCAUUGAAGAAGAAGAAGAAGUUCCAAUCUUUGAAGAUGCUCAAGCUGAUCUUACUCCUACUGAAGACACUAAUCUUGUUCCAUCAAAUGUUGGUCAAGCUGGCUCAGAUUCUACAUCUAUAGUCCAUGCAGAUCAUGCUGGACCUUCCAAUCUGAAUCAGCAUACAGUCUCAGUUGUGAGUAAUCCAACUCAUAUGACAAAAUAG